GACACUGCGACAAUCAUCACGACAGCGCCGGACGACAGCCAUGGCCCCUAAGGCGGAUAACAAGCAAGGCAAGACGAAGCCCAGCGACAAGGCUGGCGCUGCCGCCAAGGCAGUCUUGAAGGGUGCAGGCGCACACAAGUCUCGCAAGGUCCGCACCUCGACCACCUUCCACCGCCCCAAGACCCUUCAGCUCUCUCGGUCGCCCAAGUACCCGCGUACCUCCAUCCCCCACGGUACUCGUCUCGACUCCAACAAGGUCAUCCUGUACCCUCUCAACACCGAGAGUGCCAUGAAGAAGAUCGAGGAGAACAACACCCUGGUCUUCAUCGUGGACGUCAAGUCGAACAAGCGCCAGAUCAAGCAGGCCCUCAAGAAGCUGUACGAUGUCGAGACCGUCAAGGUCAACACCCUCGUCAGACCUGAUGGCUCCAAGAAGGCCUUCGCCCGCCUAACCCCCGAUGUGGAUGCUCUGGACAUUGCCGCCACUAAGCUGGCCAUUGUCUAAAAGGAUUUAUUGGGUUUGGGCGAACAUCUGUUUUUCAAUUCUGCACGGUGGUCAAUAAAAAUUAUGUUACCAACUGCCGGUUUUGCAACGAGGGCUGAAUGACUAUAAAUUCAACAAAAAAUCAAUCCCACCAACGCAUGCAUUUGAAGGUGCUUGCUUGUAAGGAUGUGUAGUUGUUGUAAUGGCUAGUAGGGUAGCACCUGAAAGCUC